GUCAAUUGGAACCUGCCUCCAACUUGCAUUCAUUCCAAUUCAUUCCGCAUUCUGUGUUCAAUUGAAUCUUUAACAAUUCGCAGCUCAAAAUGCGGGUGGGUGCGCUAAUUCUAACUAUAAUCUACACGAUUGCCGGCAUCGCUGCGUGCAUCGCGUUUUUGAUACUAAAGUUUUAUAUAUCUGCAGUUUUGGGAAUAUUUACAGCUAUCAUAAGUUUCGCAACUGUGCAUUUACUAAUAUUGGAAGGAAAUGGAGGAUUACAAACGUGGUAUGCAGCUCGAGAGUUAAAACAGCUGUGCUGGCUGGGCUUCUGGUUAUUCACGUCGGGAUGCGUAACUUUAGUCUACUUUACUGUUUACUUGUUUCUAGAAAAUAAAUUUGAGAUGAUCAAAUUUACAGCAAUAAUAUGGUCUUUCAUAACAGCAAAAAGUGCACUACUCUUGAUGUACUACACUAAUAAAUUCCGCGAAUUACAGGCCGGCGAGCGACUGACAUCCACAGAAGAAUGAAAUAUUUCUAUAAGAUUUUUUUUUGCACACUAUUAGUUUUAUCGAUUUAAGAUUAUUUGCAUUUUUAUGUUAAGAUUAUCGUAAAAUCUUGAGUUUAAUUGCGGACAAAAAUGUGAAAAAUAUAUUAUACACAAGAUUUUACGGUAUAUUUGUAUUUAACAAGACAUUUUAUACUCUCUAUACACGACAUAUCAUUGUUGUAAUUGAAUUGCAAUAUACGUUUAUU